AUGGUUCAGCAGCCCUAUCUUUACAAUGCCGUCAGCAACAGUCGAGACUCACGAUUUCCCGAGCCCAAGUUCGACCCUAAAGCAGUAACGCGUGCGAGUUGGGAGCCGAAGCCGCGCAAGCCCAAGCCCACUGGGCCGUUGGUCACUUUCAAUCGCCAUCCUGACGCUCAGAUGGUGCUUUCGCAUAGGUCUAGCAAUUAUGUGUCCCUCAGUCCUCGGACGAAGAGCUGGAUCAAGAGCAUACGGAUCGUCCAGCUGGCUCUCAGGGUCCUGCAACUAAUUGGGGCUGCAGGCCUGCUUGCCCUCCUCCUCCUGCUAAACAACAUCGAGGCUCUCGCUGGGUGGGUCAUGCGUAUCACGCCCGGCGUCGUGAUGGUACACUGCUUCUACGCCAUUUACCACCUAUCCAGGCCAGCCGGGGACCGUAGCCCUGCGUCAUCCACCGCUUAUCAACUCUUUUCCGGUAUCUCUGACCUAGCCGCCAUGCCUCUCUAUGCAUAUGGUGCCUUGAUGGCCAUGAACAGUAGCUCAGCCUGGACGACUCGCUGGGUUGACCAGAGGCUCGUGGAAUACUUUGUUCAGGCCGUCAGCUACACAUUCGUCGGUGCCGGGGGCUUGCAUCUAAUAUCAUUCUGCAUUUCCGCUUGGCUCGGCUUCAUGUUUCGCAAAAUCACUCAGAUGCCUCCAGACAUGAACCCUUUGGAGGAUCAUCUGACCUCGCGAGCUAAGCAUAAGAGGAACAAGUCCAGUGUCGCGACCAGCGUUAGCGACGAGGGCGAGAAGCGACUUUCUACGCCCCUUGAAGAGCGACGUCGGUCCGGUGCACCGUAUCAAGACCUUUCUCGACCGCCCAGCAUUCCUUUCCAACGGACGAGAGCCGGCUCUGAUCUAACCAACCGCACACGUGAUUCUCACGCCGAUCUCCCCAGUCGGCAAUAUCAGAUCCCACUAGGAAACUCACCGAGAAACUCAGCCGUCGCUAGUGAAUACAACCGAGUGUCUAUUCCUCGUUCUUCGCCCCGUGGCUCUUACACUGAAGUCCCGCUUCACGAGACGAAUAACCCCCGGUCAUCUCUUCCCUCUGGAGUUAUUUCUUCCCCGACCCAAGCUCGCAACGCAGGCAAAUUCACCGAAACCUGGUUCGCCACGGACUCGCUUAUCUCGCGCACGCAGAAGAGAAACCGUGCCAUGGAUGUCGCUGUUGCAGCAGAGAAAAAGCUUUCGAGUGAUAAGGCGUACGAAGCUUUGGGUCAACGUUACAACGUGGAGGAUUCCGAUUCUGAAAACGAUGAAAAUGAUCUGGCGGGUAGCGAUUUCGAGAACGAUCUUGGGAACCCUCACCCCAAUCCUUUAGCAUCAAAUCCUCACCCGGCGACCGCACGAGCCAAGACAUCGUUCUUGCCUCCCCGCAACUCUGCCUUGUCUGAGGUGAAUCUCAAUUCCCGUCAGGUCAGCGGCAGCAAUGAUAUUGCAGAUGCGAGGCUUUCUGCGCUGGCGGGACAGCCGUGGCCACGCAACCGCGACAGUUCCAUCCAGCCGGAGUCUGACUUCUACUCAAAACCCUAUGGCGAGCUCAAGGCCGCAACACCCCCUGUCAUGGUUGGCAACAGCCGGCAGGUGUCCUCCGGUAAUGACUACGACAACCAGCCGUACUCCUCCACCUAUGGACGACGUAACGUGAGCGGCAAAGUCGCCGAGGAGGGUCUGGCUGGGUCCAAAAAUGGCUAUUCAAGGUACAGCGUGCUAUAG